AUGGCCCCAGUCCCUGCCUCUAUACUACGAGCUCUCUCCCUCCCCGAUGCCUCCAAAGCCAGCCUCUCGACCACCGGCCUCGGCUCCGGCUUCACCAGCACAGGAGCAAUCCACGCCACGAUAGCGUCCGCCGACGGCACAAGCGAGGAAGAACGCCGCUACUUCGUCAAGACGUCCGCCGACGGCACAGCAGCGGAGGAGAUGUUCCGCGGGGAAUACGAGUCGCUCAACGCGAUCGCGCACGCCGUCCCGGGGCUCUGUCCCCGCGCACUAGCCUGGGGCCCUCUCGACGAGCACAGCAAAGCCAACUCCAACCCCACAAGCAAGAGCUUCUUCCUUGUGACCGAGUUCCUGGAGCUAGGCGGUGGCGGUGGCGGGCGGCACACAGGACCCUCGCUCGCCCAGCGGCUGGCGCAGCUGCACUCGACGCCUGCGCCGCCUGAUCCGGCGACAGGCCGCCGGCGGUUCGGCUUCCCCGUCCCCACGUUCUGCGGAGACAGCAGGCAGCUGAACCGGUGGCGGGACUCGUGGGCGGAGUUCUACGCGGAGGAACGGCUGCUGAUGAUCCUGGAGCGGGCGGAGCGGCGGCAUGGGCCGGACGGUGGGCUGCGGGCGCUGGUGGAGCGGACGGCGGGGACGGUGGUGCCGGCGUUGCUGGGGGAGGGCCAUUUGGGGUAUGCUAGGGACGGGAAGGGGGAGGGGAUUGUGCCGGUGGUGGUGCAUGGGGAUCUGUGGAGUGGGAAUGCGGGUCGGGGCCGGAUCGUGGGCACUGGGAGUUUGCGUGGGCGUGGGCGUGGGCGUGGGCGUGGGCGAGCGGGGGACGAGGAGGAGGAGGAGGAGGUGGUAGUAGGUGACGUGGUGUAUGACCCGUCGGCGUGCUAUGCACAUAGGGAGUACGAGCUGGGGAUUAUGCGGAUGUUUGGCGGGUUUGGGGCGCCGUUUUUCGAGGCGUAUCAUCGCAUUGUGCCCAAGACGGAGCCGGUCGAGGAGUAUGAUGACCGGGUGCGAUUGUAUGAGCUGUAUCAUCAUCUGAACCACCAUGCGAUCUUUGGGGCUGGGUAUAGGUCGGGGGCAGUGUCGAUCAUGGAGAAGCUGCUAAAGAAAUCAACCCCCUACCACAACGAGCAGUCAUUCCUGGCCCUGAACCCGCGCGGAUUGGUCCCAACACUGGGCGUCCAUGCAGGCGAAGAUGACAAGGCCAUCAAGCCACUCUACGAGUCCAACGUCAUCCGCGAAUACCUCAAGGACGCAUACCCAGACCACCAGCCGCGUCUGCUUCCGUCCGAUUCCUACGAGAAAGCCCGCGCCCGGAUCUUGAUGGACUUUGUGAGCUCGCGGAGACUGCCAAAGGAUCAACUUUCCUUUCCUGAUUUGGCUCUGGCGCCCUGGGCGGUGCGGUUGUGGGCCUUUGAUGGGUUGAAGACUGGUGGUCUGGGAAUUCCUGCUGAGGGACAGGAAGGAGAGGAUAAAGCUGUCUGGCAGCGGUGGAGGAAGUGGCUCAGGGCUGUGGAGGAGAGGGAGGGUGUAAAGGCAACCACCAGUGAGAAGGGUCAUUACUUGCCAAUCUAUACCCGCUAUGCAGAGAAUACUGCCCAGAGUGAGUUGGCCAAGGCGACCAGAGCUGGAACCGGAGUACCUUGA